AUGACAUCCCCAACAGGCUCCCUCCCCACCCCCACAGAUCCCGUCUCGCAGGACUCGACCCUUGGAGUUCCUUCACAACCACUCAGUACUAGCCCCUCCUGCUCUAGCUACUUGAACUUCUCCUCGCGGGAGGAGGAAUGCCUCAUUCGAGUCUUCUUUGAUAUUGCUCGGGAUGCGAAUCCUAUUUUCUCCAAGGAUCGAUUUCUCCGCCGCUACCAUGACUCGCUAUGUAGUCAGGAUCUCAUCACUACCAUGGCCAUUAUUGCCACAAAGCUGACCCACUUUGCCGGGCGUGAUGACGGACCACAUCUAGACGCAGGACUAGACUCACUGCUCAGCUCGAGCCUGCUAGAGGAUGACUUGGUCGGAGACGCCCUAUCUCUUGACCAGUUCCGCAAAGCCUGCAUAUUGGCCUUUUACGAGUUCCAUCAAUUCCCAGGCCACCACUCCUGGAUGCGCAUUGGUAGAGUAACGCGCAUGGCCUAUCGUAUUGGCCUGGACCGACUUGACCAUAUCCGCUUGCUCUAUCCAGACUGGAGCAUAGUGAGCGAUGAAGAUAUCCAGGAAUGGCGGGCGCUAUGGUGGUGUAUCUAUCGACUCGACACAUACUCCAAUCUCGCCUUAGGGACACCAUAUCAAAUUGACGAUACCGUCAUAAACACCUUUUUUACCUUAAGUGAGACAAAAAGUGCCUCUCAGGAGAUUCUUCUACCGCCUAACUCGGACUGUCUUUCCGAACUUCUCCCAGCAAUCACAUCAGACCCGGAGACCUUGCUAAAUAACAUUCACAACGUCACAAUCGCCACAAUGCGUCAAGCCGGCAUCGUCCUCCGCAUGCAUAUGCUGCGAUGGCGAGCCGGUAUACCGGUGCAACUCACUAAAGUCGAACGCCAGCUAACUACACUCCGUGUUGCCCUCCCACCGGGCUGGCUUAACCCGCGGCGCAACGCGUUCUCAAACGAGACUCCGGUCGACCAUCACGCCAGGCUUAUCACUGUAUUCCAUCUGCGAAUGGCAGAGCUGCUUGUCUCCCUGGUGGACUGCGGUCAGCGACGAGCAGAUGACUGGGUAUCAAGUUGGCAGCGAACUCUCGAGACAUGCCAGGACAUUGCCGCGCUGGCGAGCCAGUGGGAUAGCGCAUUCAGCCUCACGGUGGACCCGGCUAUCACGUUCACUAUUUUCACAACCCUCAUCUUCCUCUAUCUGCACAGUAAAUCGGGGCCGCUGCUUGAUGACAGUCUUCGCUCGAGUAUUCACCAUGACAUCACCGUGCUUCAUCUGCAGCUCAAGCAUUUUGGGACCAUCUGGACGCAGGCGAGGCUCCUUUCUUGUAAACAUUCCCAGCCCGCCCUAUCAUAUCACAAGCAUAAACAAAACUUGCUAGUACCACAGGAUAACGCUAAUGGACUGGAUACAGUGUCGUUCGAAAGUUUCUGUGCAUCCCUUUCCGGACCGAUCUCCUACGAGCAGAUCGCAUGCAUGUUCUCGCGCUUCGAGGCGCCGCUGCAUCCGAGGUGGCUGCAGUUUCUUGCAUCGGCUGGGCAGACUCUCGAGAGCUCUCAUUAA